GGACUUUGAGUGAAGAUCAAAAUAGUCUGGAAAUUAUUCCAAGGAUCCAGGGACAACUAAAAUAUCGAGAAGAUCAAAAUAAUCUGGAAAUUAUUCCAAGGACUCAGGGACGUCUAAAAUCACGUGACAGUCAAAAUAAUCGAGAAAUUAUUCUUAGAAUCUGA